AUGGGAAGGCCUCAUGUCAUGUUCAUAACUUACCCAGAACAAGGUCAUGUUCGUCCUCUACUGAUCUUCUCGCGUAACCUUGCGUCUCAAGGAAUCACAUUCGUUAACACCGAGUUUAACCACAACCGCAUCAUCAGUUCCUUAUCAAAACCAUCCCACGAUGAUCAUGUGGUGGAUGGGAUCAAGCUUGUUUCAAUCCCCGACGGUUUAGACGAUUCACCAGAAGAGAGGAACGUUCCUGGGAAGUUGUCGGAAUCGGUUUUGCAUUUUAUGCCGACCAAAGUAGAGGAACUGAUCGAGAGGAUGAUCUCGGAAACUAGCGGUGCGGUCAUUAGCUGCGUUGUGGCGGAUCAGAGCCUAGGAUGGGCAAUGGAAGUUGCAGCUAAGUUUGGUAUCAGACGAGCGGCGUUUUGUCCCGCUGCGGCUGCGUCUAUGGUUCUUGGAUUUAGACCGGUAGCGUACGGUGCGUCGGAGGAGAUUGGACCAUUCAGGAUAAGCAAAGGUGGGUCCGGUUUGUAUCUCAACAAAUUCGCGUGGAAUUCACUUGCCAAUCUCUUGUUACUCGAAGCACCCGCACCGAGGACAGAUAUAGUUUAUCUUACUGAAAACCAUGUUUCCAUGGCUUUAGUGUACUUGCAAACUCCCACGAGGCGCAAACUGGAGAUACGGUUUCUUACUGUUUUGUCGAUGCUUUUAAUUAAAGUUGCAGGGCUGUUUGAGCUUUCCCCAUGCCUUCUGCAGUUUCUUUCCUUCCAAAUAGCAGACAGAGUGGACUGGAAAACAUAUCUGAUCAAGAACAAACGGGUGGAGUUACUAGUCUGGUCUGAUAGAAGCCGAAUCCUUCUAAAAUUACUCAAGGUUUACCUUAACCGACGGCUCUGUUUCUUGUCACUGCAGCCAAAGAUUCUUCACUCCAGUUUCUUAUUCGAUGGCUUCACCGGUUUCCGAGAUACAACCGCCGUGAGAUUUACAUCACCGGCGAGAGAUAAAAAGUGGAGGUAA